CCAUGUCAUCAUCGUACAGUCUACAUGCUUGCCGUACCCAAGUUUAAACGAUCCAUGUCGCACAGUGUGAUAAGGAUCUUAUAGUAGGGCAAAAAUCCUGCAGUGUAUUUUGGGCUUAAGGCAGUUGCUGGAAGUCAUUUGUAGUUCUUGUAUUUCUUUGUCCUUCAGUGAUUUUGCUCAUUAUCAGGUGUCUUCACUAAUCACAUAAUUAUCUAAUUAACUCUAGCACUGCUUCAGAGUAACUUUUAACACCCUGCCAGUGGUUCCCAUAUGAACACCAACCAGUGUUAAAUUAACAAAGGGGAAUUUACUGUGUGUGUUGAUUUAGCAUGAGAUGGCUUCAGUCCAAAUAUUUCAGCACUUAGUGGAAGCUAAUGCACUUAUAGAGGAGAUGAAACUGUCAGGACUGAAUCCAGAUGAAGAUCUUCUCUUUGUUAAGGAAUUAAUUCAGGGAGUUAAUACCUCCAGUACAGAGUGGACAGCGAAAGGCAGAACAAAGGACAAAUCCUUCCUUUAUGAGAUUGUGGCAAAUAAACGCAAUGGCAUUGAUGUGGACAAAUGGGACUAUUUUGCACGAGACUGUCAUCAUCUCGGUCUUGGUAACAGUUUUGACCAUCAGCGUCUGCUAAAGUUUGCACGAGUUUGUGAGGUGGAGGGUGGGGACAAGGAACUCCGACGGCUGUUUAUCUGCUUCAGGGACAAGGAAGCAGAUAAUGUUUAUGACAUGUUUCGAACAAGAUACACACUUCAUCGUCAGGCCUACCAGCACAAGACGGUCAACAUUAUUGAAAUCAUGAUCAAAGAUGUUCUUGUAAGAGCUGACGAUCACCUUCAGAUCUCAGCAGCCAUAGACAACAUGGAAAACUACACAAAACUCACAGAUCAGAUAUUUGAACAGAUCUUGUUCUCCUCUGAGGACAACCUAAAAGACGCUCAAAUGAUACUAAAGGAAAUUGUUAGGAGACGUCUGCCAAAGUUUGUAGGAGAGGCCAGACUGAUGAAUGCUGAAAACAAAGACAUCUCAGAGAAAACACUGACAGACAAUUGGAUGAAAGCGCUGGAGAACUGGAAUAUAAACACAAUGGAUUUCAUCGUUACUGUUGUUCACAUGGAUCAUGGCAUGAAGGGGAAAAAUCCCAUUGACAACGUUUAUUUCUAUAAAAAGAGAAAUCCCAACAAAGCAUUCAAAAUCAAGAAGUAUCAGCUGUCCAGUUUUCUGCCAGAGAGGUUUUAUGAAAGACUUGUUCGAGUUUACUAUCGAGGCUCUGUUGAAAAGGUUCUUGAGGAGGCUCAGCAGUGUUUUGAGCAAUGGUGCAAAAACAGUUUUGGGCAUCUGAUUGAAGAUGAGUUACUCUCUGAGAUUACGGACUUCAACAGGAUUCAAAUAUGAUUAAAAUCACCUGCAUCCAGCCAAUUCUGGGAUAGGUGGGUCAAGUAAAACUGCACAGUGAGGACGUUCAGUUGAUCAAUGAGAAACCUUAAUGUAAUUCUUUACAGAAACAUUUACUCUUCAUGUAUGUUAGGAUGCUGGUCAAAUGGAACUUUCUGCUUGGGGAUUAUUUACAAUUUCUUUGCCGACCAACUUUUUUGCUAUUUGUCUUAACCCGUUUGUGCCCAAAUUUUUCUGAAUGGUUUCAUGCAUAUAAUUGUGUUAAUAGUGUCCUCUGUAAACAUGU